AUGAUAUUGCACAUGAUAUGUCCGUUUGGUUUUGUGGCUUUGGGGAAUAUCUACAAGAACGCUCCCACACUCUUCGGGUACCCACCCCCAGCGGACUACAAGCGGAAAGGCACGGGAGGAGACCUUGUGUCCACUGCAGAAAAGCUCGGGGGUGGCAGCAAGCGCGAAAGCUCCGCGGCCAGGGCCAGCCCACGGCGGCGCGUGAGUCCCGACCUGGGACUCCUCACGGGUCCCUGUGGUCCAGAUUGUGAUGGCGGCGGCCGCGGUGAUGGAUCCCGCGUAGGUUGCCCUGAUGGUAGCAGCACUGGGGAUCUCUGUAUAGGUUGUUGGUGUGCAGUGGAGGAUGAAGAGGCGCCUUCUGAGCAGAGCAUUUCUAUAGAAGUGUCACAGGAUAGUAUCUCCAAGGCAGGUUCAUCAGCCCAGAUGGCUCACCCUUGUGACACAUGUGGCCCCAUCUUGAAAGAUAUCUUGCACCUGGAUGAACACCAGGAAACACACCAAGGACUGAAACCUUACACAUGUGAGGCAUGUGGGAGACAGUUCUGGUUCAGUGCAGACUUUCUUCAGCACCAGAAGCAGUACAAUGUAGAGAAGCCCUUAAGAAGAGACAAAGGCAAGACCUCAUUUGUGAAGAACUGUAGAGUUUGUGAAGAACCUCACCUGUCAGAAAAGCCUUUACGACGUGAGGAGGAGAAUUUCCAGGCCAGUUUGGGCAGUCACCAGCAAAAGGCUGUCCACAGCAAGAAGAAGACAAGGAGCACCGAGAGCAGGGGGGCCUCUCACAGUGGACAUACACAUUACAGGUGCAGCGAAUGUGGGAAGGCCUUCAACCGCAAAGACACACUUGUCCAGCACCAUAGAAUCCAUACUGGAGAAAGGCCUUACGAGUGCAGUGAAUGUGGGAAAGCCUUCAGCCGCAAAGCCACCCUUAUCCAGCACCAGAGAAUCCAUACUGGAGAAAGGCCUUACGAGUGCAAAGAAUGUGGGAAAGCCUUUAGUCGCAAAGACAACCUUACUCAGCACAAAAGAAUCCACACUGGAGAAAUGCCUUACAAGUGUAGUGAAUGUGGAAAAUACUUUAGCCAUCACUCCAACCUAAUUGUACACCAGAGAGUUCACAAUGGAGCAAGGCCUUAUAAGUGCAACAAUUGUGGGAAAGUCUUCAGACACAAAUCCACACUUGUUCAGCAUGAGAGUAUCCAUACUGGAGAAAAUCCUUAUGUUUGCAGUGAUUGUGGGAAAUCCUUUGGCCACAAAUACACCCUCAUUAAACACCAGAGAAUUCACACUGAGGCAAGGCCUUUUGAGUGCGUCGAAUGUGGGAAAUUCUUUAGUCGAAGCUCUGACUUUAUUGCACACCAGAGAGUUCACACAGGGGAAAGGCCGUUUGUGUGCAGCAAGUGUGGAAAAGAUUUCAUCAGAACAUCUCACCUUGUUAGGCAUCAAAAAGUUCACACUGGAGAAAGGCCAUAUGAGUGCAACGAAUGUGGGAAAGCCUAUAGUUUAAGCUCCCACCUCAUUCGGCACCAGAAAGUUCACACUGCAGGGAGGCUGUAGACAGGCUUUCAACGCAGCAGGACUCAUAAGGAGAGGAACUCUGUGUGGACCCUUUGAGAGGAGGACAUCAGUGAGGUGUUGUUCCUCCUAUACAGCGUUAACACCUGAGAUGGGUUAUGAAUGCCAGGUACAGGGAAGCUCUCGUGGGUUGCAUUGCACUUUGAGACAGGUCCUUGCCAGAUUUAUUUCUCAAUGCCUGUGGCGGACACCAUCUUAGCUCUGUCAGCUUACUUACCAUAAUGUCCUCAGGGAAUUAAAUAGGACUUCUCAUUUCUUCCCCCACUGACUGAUUAAAGGUGUGGACCUUACUGUACAUCUUUAGCCAAGAGGAUCUGAGCUGUGUUCUGGCUUACAGAAAAGGUUUACUUUGUUCCUGGACACUGUUGGUCUCAUGUGGUACUUGUGACAGAUUUUCCAGUCUCCAAGUCACCCAUCCUGGAGAACUAUUUGUCUUAUGUUGCUCUGGUUUCUGUGAUAAUAAAGACCUUUUUAUUAUUUAA